GCGCGCUGGGUCAGGCCGAGGACGCGGGUGGGCCGGCGAGCUGGAGCGCCUGCCCGGGGCGUGCCCACGUGACCGCCCCGCCCUCGCCGCAGCCCCCCGAGCGGCCGCCGCCUUUUGGGCCGCACUCCCGGCGUGCCCCGCACUCGCCGCCUCCCGGCCGCCCCUCCUUCCCUUCGCAGCGCCACACCGCCGGAGCCCGAGCCGCCGCCGCAGCUUCAGCCGCGGGCGCUAUGGCUUCUGGAGUUACAGUGAAUGAUGAAGUCAUCAAAGUUUUUAAUGAUAUGAAAGUAAGAAAAUCUUCUACACAAGAGGAGAUCAAAAAAAGAAAGAAAGCAGUUCUCUUCUGUUUAAGCGAUGACAAAAGACAAAUAAUUGUAGAGGAAGCAAAGCAGAUCUUGGUGGGUGACAUUGGUGAUACUGUAGAGGACCCCUACACAUCUUUUGUGAAGUUGCUACCUCUGAAUGAUUGCCGAUAUGCUUUGUACGAUGCCACAUACGAAACAAAAGAGUCUAAGAAAGAAGACCUAGUAUUUAUAUUCUGGGCUCCUGAAAGUGCACCUUUAAAAAGCAAGAUGAUUUAUGCUAGCUCUAAAGAUGCCAUUAAAAAGAAAUUUACAGGUAUUAAACAUGAGUGGCAAGUAAAUGGCUUGGAUGAUAUAAAGGACCGUUCAACACUUGGAGAGAAAUUGGGAGGCAACGUAGUAGUUUCACUUGAAGGAAAACCCUUAUAAAAUGACAGUCAAGUGCCAUCUGGAUCUUAAGGAGCUUCCAUUUCUCCAGCUCAGUCAAUUGGAAUAGUAUUAGGUUUUGGUUUUUUUUUUUUUCUUCCUCUUCCCACUGGGUCCUUCCAACACAAUGAAUGAAGGAAAUAUCAUUCAUGUAAGCAACCUGUCAGUGAUUGCCAUUAGACUGUUUGAUACUGUUACCUUUAUGUAGAACCCAAGGAAUGCCUUCCCAUCAUAUUUUAGCCAAAACAACUGGUUAUAUGCCUCCCUUGCAGCAAGCACUACAAUGAAUGUGAAUGUCAAUGUGAAUAGCUUAGAACACUACAAAGGGUUAAGCUAAUUGAAUGCCUUGAAAGUAUUAUCCACUGGUGAGAUGGUAAACUUUAUUCAGUAUUAUUUAUAGUUGCACUUGAUUGCAGUUCUGUGAGGCUUGAGCAUUCAUACACCUCACCUGCCUUGGCAAGCCUAUUUUUUGUGACAUGGCAGCGCAAAUAUAAUACUAUGCAUUGAAAGCACUUUUUUGGUAAUGAGUUUAAUCCCCCACCCCAAAAGGAAUGCCAAUUAAGUUAACUGUGUCAUCAACUUAUCCUAGUACCUCAGUGUUCAUUCCUGUUACCUGUGUAUCUUCUUAAAAGAAAUAGCUGUUAUUAAUGCCUUUUUGUUUUCCAUUGAGUGUACACUACUGAAUAAGUGUAGGAGUUUUAUGUUUACCAUGUUAGUCUUGCGACACUAAAGAUACUUUGAAUAUCAGUCAUGAUGGCAAUUUCUGUAUAAAAGAGCCUUAAAUGGAACAUUGUUUUUGAGAUCAAACCGCACCCUCACAAAAAUGGCCACGUUGCAAUAAAAAUUGUGGCAUAUUACAGAACGUUGCCUUGUUUUCCUUGGACAUUUUGCAGAAUACCAUGUGAAGCAACUCCUAGGGUAAACAGCUAUUAUUAAUCUCUGCACUGGUCAUUUAAGAAUUUUUUUGUACAACAUUCUUGCAU